GUAGCGAACUUUACCAAGAUGAGCAUCAAGUUCAAUGUUAAUGGCUUUCCGUACGAGGUGCAGCCAGCGGACUACGCGGCUGACAUCACUUUAAAUACGUUCCUGAGGGAACAUCUCCACCUAACAGCCACCAAAUACAUGUGCCUAGAGGGCGGCUGUGGCUCCUGCGUUUGUCUCAUACGACGCCGCCAUCCCAUUACAGAGGAAGUACACUCCCGUGCCACUAACUCGUGCUUAACUCUGCUUAAUACCUGUAACGAUGUGGACAUAAUCACCGAUGAGGGGCUAGGCAAUAAGAGCAACGGUUAUCAUCCCAUACAGAAGCGGCUAGCCAAGCUCAACGGCACCCAGUGUGGAUAUUGUUCACCGGGAUUCGUGAUGAACAUGUAUGGGCUACUGGAGAGUCAAGGCGGUCGUGUGAGCAUGGCUGAAGUGGAAGAUGGCUUUGGGGGAAACAUCUGUCGCUGCACCGGCUACAGACCCAUACUCGAUGCGAUGAAGUCUUUUGCCGUUGACAGCAGUAUUGAGGUACCAGCAGAGUGUGUGGAUAUUGAGGACUCCUUUGAGGUGCUCUGCCCCCGCACCGGUCAAUGCUGCAGUGGUAGCUGCGCCCGUCCUUCCCUGCCUGCCCAGAACAACUGCCACUGGUAUUGGCCCAAGACACUGGCGGAACUGUUUGAAGCACUGGCCCAGGUACCUACGGGUGAGGAUUACAUUCUGGUUGCGGGUAACACAGCGCAUGGUGUCUACAGGCGACCGAAGAGUAUACGGCACUAUGUGGAUGUCAACAUGGUGCCGGAGCUAAAGCAGCACAGCCUUGAGUCGGAGCACCUCUUGCUGGGCGCCAAUUUGACUCUUACAGAAACCAUGCAGCUCUUUCGACAGGCUCAGCAACGCGCGGGCUUCGAGUAUUGCGCUCAAUUGUGGCAGCAUUUCAACCUGAUUGCGAAUGUACCAGUGCGAAAUAGUGGAACUCUGGCAGGCAAUAUUUCAAUCAAAAAGCAGCACCCGGAGUUUCCGUCGGAUGUUUUCAUCACAUUCGAGGCCCUGGAUGCACAUGUCUUGGUGCACGAGAACGCAAGCAGUCAAAGGCUGAUGACGCUGUUGUCUUAUCUGCAGGAUACUACGCCCAAGCUAGUAAUUGGCGGAUUUAUUCUUAGACCUUAUCCAAAGGCGAAAUACUUGUUCAACUCGUACAAGAUUUUACCGCGAGCUCAAAAUGUCCAUGCCUAUGUUAAUGCUGGCUUUCUGAUCGAGUGGCAGAAUGCCCAGGAGCACAUAGUGGGCUCGGCUCGCCUUUGUUUUGGAAACAUUAGGCCUGAUUACGUACACGCCGACAAUGCCGAGCAGUUGUUGGUGGGUCGGGAUUUGUAUGACAGCUCUACAGUGGUGCAGGUCUUUGAACAGCUGCUGACAACUCUGCAGGCGGUGGAAAUGCCACCCGAGGCCUCCCCUGAGUAUCGUCAAAAAUUAGCUUGUUCGCUUUUCUACAAGUUCUUGCUAGGCUCGGCACCCGAAGAGCUCAUCCGCAAGCGUUUUCACAGCGGUGGGAGCUUACUCGAACGUCCGCUUUCCUCCGGUAGUCAAUCAUUCGAGACCAUACCAAACAAAUAUCCCGUGACAAAGCCUGUGCAGAAGUUAGAAGGCCUCAGCCAGUGCUCUGGCGAAGCCACCUACACAAACGAUCUGUUAACCACCUCUAAUACUGUGUACUGUGCCUUUGUGACGGCCAAGCGGGUGGGUGCAACCAUAGAACAGAUCGACACCACGCUCGCGUUUCAGUGCAAGGGCGUGGUAGCGUUCUAUGGGUCCAAGGAUAUUCCUGGAGACAAUAACUUCAAUAAUACUACAUUGCUGACCGUCCCGGGUGAUGUGGAGGAAGUCUUUUGUGGUGGACGUGUAAAGUACUAUGAUCAGCCGUUGGGAGUCAUCGCAGCAUUGACACACGACGUUGCCGUCUAUGCAGCGACCUUGGUGCAGGUGACCUAUGCCAAUGAUCAGGUUAGGAUUUACACCAGCAUGAAUGCGGUUCUGACAGCCAAGGUGAAAGAUCGUCUAGUGACAAGCACAAAGCCUAAUAACGAGUUCUGCAAGGCAGCUCUAGAGGCAGGCGAUGUGCUUGGCCGUGGAAUCCUGGAGCUAGCGCCCCAAUACCACUUCACCUUAGAGCCACAAACGACGGUGGUGGUGCCCAAUGAGCAAGGACUUCAGGUUUUUAGCGCCACUCAGUGGAUGGACGUGACUCAAGCUAGCAUUUCACGAAUGCUCAAGUUGGACGCGAACGCCGUCCAGCUACAGGUUCGACGUGUUGGCGGAGCUUAUGGUGCUAAAGUAACUCGAGGUAACCAGGUGGCCUGUGCCUGUUCACUGGUUGCAUUCAAACUAAAUCGCCCAGCGCGUUUCGUGCAAACCAUUGAGUCCAUGAUGAGUUCAAAUGGAAAGCGAUAUGCGUGUCGUUCCGACUAUGAGUUCCAAGCACGUGCCAACGGCUCCAUACGCAUGCUCACCAAUAACUACUACGAGGAUGCGGGAUGCAGUCUUAAUGAGAAUGUCGUCGAUUUCCUCACGCAGCCAGCACUCAAAAAUGUCUAUAAUCUGACUGAUUCGAACUAUAAAGCUAAAGGCACUGCUGUAAAAACAGAUGCACCUAGUUCAACGUGGUGUCGGGCACCAGGAUCAGCAGAAGCCAUUGCCAUGACUGAGACGGCACUGGAGAACAUCGCCUUUGCCUGCAAAUUGGAUCCAGCUGAUGUGAGACUUGUAAAUCUGCGACCGGGAAGCAAAAUGGUGCAGCUUCUUCCUCGAUUUUUGACUUCCACGGAGUACCGUAAGCGCCGGGAGCAAAUUAAUUUGUUCAAUGCUCAGAAUCGAUGGCGCAAGCGUGGCUUAGGACUAGCUUUGAUGGAGUUUCCUCUAACUGUGGACAUUGCUUUGGCUUACCCUGCGACGGUAGCCAUUUAUCAUACGGAUGGCUCUGUGGUUAUUUCACAUGGAGGCAUCGAGAUCGGUCAGGGCAUAAACACAAAGGUAGCUCAGGUCGCUGCCUUCGUGCUAGGCGUUCCACUUGAACGUAUUCGCAUAGAGAGCAGCAAUACGAUCAUAGCAGCCAAUUCCUUUGUGACUGCCAACUCUAUGGCAAGCGAGCUGGUUGGUAUUGCCGUACGCAAGUCUUGCGAUAAGCUGAACGAACGUCUGAAGCCGGUUAAACGUAGGUUGGGAUCCCAGGCCACCUGGCAACAAGUAGUGGAGGCCGCCUUCACCCAAUCUAUCAGCUUGAUUGCCACUGAAUCGUUUAAAAUGGGCGAUCAAAGCAACUACAGCAUCUACGGCAUAAGUUUGAGCGAGUUAGAAGUGGACAUACUGACUGGGAACCACUUAAUAAGCCGUGUAGACAUCCUAGAGGAUGCGGGCGAGAGUCUUAGUCCCAACGUUGAUGUUGGGCAAGUAGAAGGAGCUUUUGUCAUGGGUCUGGGCUAUUACUUAACCGAGCAUCUGGUCUACGAUCGCCAGACAGGUCGCCUCCUCACAAACCGUACCUGGAACUAUCAUCCUCCAGGUGCCAAGGAUAUACCCAUUGAUUUCCGCAUUGAGCUGCUGCAAAAAAGUCCCAACCCCGUGGGCUUUUUGCGCUCAAAGGCCACGGGAGAGCCAGCCCUAUGUCUGGCGGUUGGGGUACUCUUCGCUCUCCAACAUGCCAUACAAGCAGCCAGGCAGGAUGCCGGAUUGCCUCGCGAAUGGGUCAGACUGGGCGCGCCCACCACGCCCGAAACAGUAAUGCUUUCUGCAGGUAACGAAGUCCAACAUUUUACCUUACAAUAA